AACGUCGGCCCAUAUCCAGUGUGCUGGCCAUGGACACCUUGGGCAGGCUGCUGCUGCUGGCUACACUGUUCCUGACACCCGCUGAGGCCCAGCAGGCCUCAGAGCGCCGCCUGAAGCCUUGGCUAGUAGGCCUGGCUGCAGUAGUGGGCUUCCUGUUUAUAGUCUUCAUCCUCAUGCUGGCCAAUCGUGUCUGGUGCGCCAAAGGCAGAGCAGAGGAUGAGGAGGCUACAUUCAGAAUGGAGCACAUUAUGAACGAGAACUCACAGCCAAGUAAAGCAGACAAGAAGCAGAAGAAGAAGGUGGACAGGAAGGGCGGACAGAGCAACGAGGCCUUGGAACUAGAGGAAAAGGAGUCCUCAGAUGAGGAGAGAGGCAAGAAAACAGCUUUGUAAAGCAUCUUGUCACCUGGGGGUGCUUCAUCCACACACCUCAAGUUGCAGCCACCACCUGAAGCCGGACUGGUGUCAUCUGGGUCUGAAAACUGUCCUCAUAUGAGGAGGUCAGCUCUGCCUAUGGCCUCCAUACUCACCCCCACCUUCCCCUGACACUCACCACUGGCCUGGUGUCCACUCCUA